AUGGAGGGAGACUCAGAUUAUUCGAAUAGUGAAUUGUCUAAACUAUCAAUUAUGAAUCAACAAUCAGCCAGCAUUGAUGAUACAAUGAAUUCUGAUUUGUCGAUUCCAUAUUCGAUUAAACUUGGUUAUGCUUUUCAGUCUCAAUUGCCGUUGGAACAGUUAAUCGAUCAACGAUCAAUCCAAAGCUACUUACAAGGGUUAUUAUUCAUGAUAGAAGAAAAAAGCAAAAUCUAUGAUUUUCAGAUGCGAUUGCGAAAUCAAGAUCCGGAUGGUUUUACAAUAAUUUUCAUACACAAGGACGUUAAUAAUUAUUCCGGUCCAGUUCAAUAUGACGAAUGUAUUUUUUGUGAUCUAAACAACAAAUUAUCACAAAUCAGCUUGAUCAAACAGAAUCCAACUACAUGUAUUUGGCUAGAUAUAAAAUUGAGAAAUAAGCUAGUUGUUACACCACGACAACACAUAGAACGACUUUCUGAAAUGUCUGAAGAAGCAAUGACUAGCUUUUGGCACGAUACGCAAGUGUUAUUAGAUGAAGAAGGCUGUGAUUGGAAAAGUAUGGUUUUGAAUCAUGGAAAAUACCGUCAUCAUGCUCAUUUUCAAAUGAAGAUCAAUAUUGACGAGUACCAAUGGAAUGAACGAAUGACACGGAAAUAUGAAGAAAAACUAAUGCACAUAAAACAUCUGCUCGAAUACGACGAAGACAAUAUUACAUAG